GGAAGUGGAGAGGAGCCGGACGCAACUGGUCCAUCAUUCAUCUCCUCGUCAUCCCCUUCCUCAGACACGUCUAUCGCAUCAUUAGUAGUAUCAAUAACCUAACGGAAAGUUGUCGAUCAUUUCAUGCAGCACUUCCACCGCGCAACGUACAUUGAAUCUAGCAAUCUUUCCGCCCUCAGUUUCUUCGUAUACAACUUCCACAUUGUCCACUUCCUCCAACUCCAGAAUGCCAUCGAAGUCGUCCGUCAAUCCGGCUUCCUUGGACGUAGGGACGGUCUUCCAAGCCAGAUCAUUGGCAGUCAAGUGUUUUGCUUUGAUCUUCUUUCGAGACCCAAGUACAGCUGUCUUCGCCUUUCGUUUCGAGAGUCCAGUAGCCAUGCCUCACGAUAAUCCACAGAGAACCUAGAGCAAAUCGAGAAGAAACACGAAGAAAUUCAAAAUUCAAAAUCAGUGCAUGUAUGGAAACCAGUGAAGAUGAUACAGAUAUGUCGAGCAGAGGAUGGCAGGGUGUUCCAAGUGAACGCCUCCUUGUCCGAGAUCGAGAAAGUGGGAAGCUUGGAACAAUUUCUGAGCAAGGAGACAGGCAUCGAUCACGACUCUAUAUUGGCCUACCUCUCUGACGGUACUCGACUGCGGAAUGACAACGUCCGCGAACUUGCAGGAGUUCAGGAUCAGACAAUAUACAUGUUUAACAAGACUUACCUCGACUAUGACAUCGAACAUGUGCUAGAACGACUCCGAGUUGAACCUCCUGUAGAACCCCCAAUAGAAGAAAUUCUCUCGAAUACUGCCAGUUCUUCGCAACUUUCGGCGACUUAUAUUCGUACGGCUCACGUUCACUCAGACGAACUCGAACGGACCCUCAGCUCGCUUCGAUAUCAAAACGAAGCUCUACGCAUUGCUUCCAGUGCCCUUGACCUCCAUGUGUUGGCUAUUGCUGACGCUUUUGAUGGAAUUGCCGCCGGUGCUCAACGUGAACUCGUCAAGCAAGCCUCGUUGUUAGCGGGCGUAGAGGCUGAUCUGGAGAUCAUCAGCCGGGUUGCGAUACACAAAGAGUUUGUCAGUCUUUCCGUGAAGAAAGCGAUGGAAGCAGGCGAGAAAGGACGGUCGUUAGGUGAUUAUGUUAGUAAGGUGAAGAUGAGACAGGUUGCUGAGGCUUGUCAAAAGACACAUGAUGACCUUACCGAGAGGUUCAAUCAAGCACAGACGUCUAUGGAUGAACUACGACACGGUGCUGACGACGUUCGCAGUACUGUUUCCGAUGACAGUCUAUUGAAGGAGGCUGAACUUUGCGUACAGAGGUCAAAAGGGCUUGUUGACCAGAUCACCGAUGCAGUUGCUUCUCUUGAAAGGACAACGCCUAGCAACAGCAAGCUACAGGAACUCCAACAACUUGACGCGUCAUUGCGAGCAGAGGUUGUGCACGUCACCGAUAUCAAGAAUCAUUUGACCGAGCGGUGCAUCAACGCUCUUCGCCAUAUUAGCAUAUUGAACAACUACAUUGUGGAGUUGCCUUUGAUACUGUCUGAACUUCAUGCCAGUUUCAGAGCCAAGACAAGUUUCUCCCACAUACAGCGCCUCCAUAAUAUGCUCUAUGCGUAUGGUGCGACUGUCGUAGAGAUUGUCCGAAGGAAAGAAUUCGCGCAAUUUUUCUAUCAGCGAGCGCAAGGCAUACUCGAAGUGAUGGCCAAGCUCUCAGCGAAUGAACGCAAGCGUCGGCAGCUAUACAGAGGGGAAGUCCAUGGUCAGCUCCCUUUCGAGACGAAGGGAAUGGACGAUCCGGUGCCAUCCAUCGAUUUCUCACCUUCAGGAUCGUCCGAAUCACCGUAUUCUCUCGAACGUGGCGAUGUGGACUCACUUAUGAAAGUCCUGCAGGAUUUAGAACACUUUGCAGAGGUGUCAUUGGACCCAGUGGCAAAAACCUCCGUGCGAGAUGCUCGAAUAGGCUUGGAGAAGUUGAUCGGCAAAAUGGACAGUCUCGAGUCUGGCUUUGACAGAAUUGCGGAACGCUCUUUGUUGUCGAGUUCGCGGUGGCUGAAUCACCGGAGACGAAAUAAUGAGGCCGACGAACAAGCAUAUGCCGAGCUAGAAGCCCACAUCGCGGAACUCAAUCAUGCGAAGUCCGAACAGGAGGAAGCGUUCCAACGUGAACGACGCGAUUUUGAGAGAGAGAUAACAGAACUCAAAGCCCAGCUGAAGGCAUCGGAUAGUGGUCGCAACGCCCUUGAGCGUGACCUUCACAGUUACAAGGCUCACCUUGAAAGUGAAACAACAUCGCGUCGCAUUUUGGAACAGCGUAAUGCUGAACUGUCUUCCGGAGCCGAUAACCAGCGAAGCUCUCUAGCUACAGCAUUAGCUGAGGCUACGGAGCGGACGAAAGCAGCUGAGGUUCUCCGACAGGAGCUGGCUCAGGUCCGAUCAGAAUUCGAGGAGGUCAAGUCUUUGGAAAGUCGAAAUGCUACUAAAGUUGCCAAUUUGCUCGAAGAACAGGCGAAUGCGUUACGUCGGCUGGAUGAAGCUCGUUCUCGCGGUGAAGAUUUGCAGCAGCAGAUUCAGCAGGCCAGACUAGAAAGCGACGAGUUGCAGCAUGCGUUAGCAGAUACUAGUAAAGAGAAGGACAGACUCCUAAAGGCUCAAGCUUCUGAGCAUGAUCGUCUGCUUCGCGACCACAUCGCUGAAGCCGAUGGCGAUCGCGCUGUCCUCGAGCAUCAGUACUUGGAGCUUCAAGCUGCUUUGGAGGGCGCGGAACGUCAACUCAAAGAUAUCCGUGCGCAACUUGAUAUGACCAAUUCGGAUGCUAUGGGCCUCCGGGAGGAACUUCAGCGAGUGGAACACGAACUGCGGGAAGCGCGGCAUGUUGAACGGAUCUUGACAGAAGAUCUUGGAGCGGGCAAGGCUUCCCAGUCAGACUUCGAACUCCAGUUGGAGAACAGCAAUCGCCUCAUCGCCCAGAUCCUGGACGUUGCCCUCAGGUUCCGAGAGUCUCAUCUCAAGGCUCUCGCAGCUGCAUCAGCCAUGACGACUCACCCCGGGUCAUCAAAGGGUGUGAGUAGUACCAGCCUGACGGAAUCGAGCUUUGGCGCAUUGCGACGAGGAGUUACCAACCAUCUGGACGAACCCUCACCUAUUGACCCCUCUGAUCCAGCAGCUGCCUUGGAGAUUUUGCGGACGUUUGACCACGACCAGUUCCUCGAAGCCAUCCAUAAGACGGGUUCAACUAUUCGGAAGUGGCAAAAGCAAUGCAAGGAAUAUCGUGAACGCGCUAAAGGCAAGAUAUCAUUCAGGAACUUCGCCAAGGGCGACCUCGCUCUCUUUCUUCCCACUCGAAAUUCGGUCUCGAAGCCUUGGGCUGCGUUCAACGUAUCAUUCCCACAUUAUUUUCUACAGGCGACUGGGCACCUCGCCGAGCAACUGAAGACGAGGGAAUGGAUUGUGGCAAGAAUAACCUCCAUCACUGAGCGUGUCGUCGAUGCCAAAGAUGCCAGUACGAACCCGUACGGCCUGGGAGAUGGUGUCAAAUAUUACAUGCUCGAGGUUGAGGACUGGACACAGCCUACCCAUCAUUCGUCCAAACGACGCAGCUCGAACAAGAAGACGACUCCGGACACUUCAGUGCCACCUAUCGAGGUACCACCGGAGCCGCUUACCGCCCCACCCGAAGCUGAAGUAGAAGACUCCUUUACGGUGACUAGACCACCCAACUCCCGGUUAUUUCCUUCGUCACCUAGAACCAAUUCCAUUCCUACUGCAGGCCCCUCUUCAUUAUCUCGCCUUUUAGCACAAGCGGAGGCUCAGGCCGAUGCUGUCGCUCUCAAGGCACCGGAGGAAAGCCAAACUCCUCCGUCACUAACUUACUCUCCCCAGCUUCAACCACAAGUGUCUCCAGCACGAAGUACUCCCACACCUACACCUCAGGGCGCUGCAGGCACAAGCGGUCCAAGCACCCUGAGACCAGGAUCUCGAGCCUCUCGACAGUCGACUUCAUCACGAUUCCCGACUAGCCGGAUACCUUUCGCGGGUUCAUCCGGAGUCGCCAAGGCCACAGCGACAACGGCAUUAUCAGAUCAAGUACUCUCGAACUCACCCUCUUCUGGUGGUUCUAUGUAUUCCCCUUCGGGCGCGCAGAGUCCCGGCACUUCCUCGUUCAGUCCCUCUCCAGAGGGUUCGCCUACAAGAGGAAUGUCCAACAUUCUCAAUAAUCGUCGUCGUGCCGCGUCACACACGUUCCCGCGGAAUUCAUCGCUGGCGGCUGCGUUUCCUACGACCAGCGGUACUUCGGGUGCUGUCGCUGGUUCUCCUCCUGGCCCAGGUUUACCCUCUGGCAUCACUGCUCGUAGUAGACUGGCUAGUCUUGCUAGUAGUUGGGGCGUACCUUUUGCUCGUAAGAGGUUGAGCGAUGUGCCACAGUCUCCCAGUCCUAUUCGGAGUGCUAAUGGUUCUGAUGAUGACAAUAUUCAAUCACCGUCAUAGACUUCAUCCACACGUCUUUGUUCAGGUUUGGUUUUCCGGACGGUCUCUUUUGUUCAUUUGUUGUUUGUACACAUAACGUUACGUGUUCGCUCUAUCGAUUGCUCUGCGUUUUGCUUUCACCCUUUCUGGCCAGUCGACGAUCAUUGUCGUCACCAGUGACUGUAUUGUUCAGUUUCUUUACCGCACUGUGCAUCCACUUCUGUUACGUCCUGCUACACCUUGCUAAUGCCUCUCGUUUGAAGGCUAACUAGGUUCCGCCUGAUAGCCGCCUCCUCAAUGUCGGAUUAUCUCUCAGGUUCCAUAUACAGCCCCAACAUCGGUGGCUUAACUCUAUCACCUCAAUCUUCAUCGAAUAUCGCAUCUAGAGCUAGCGUCUGGUGGCGCAAGUUUCGCCGACUGCAGUUAUCAUGCCUUUCUCAUCAACUUGAACGGUUUCUUUUCAUGGAAUAACACUCGGAUGAAUCG